UCCGAAGGUCACCGACACAGUGAGAUCUGAAAUCAAUGUGAGCACGUUGCAGUGUUGCACUGUCAUGCAAACAACUAACAAAUCAAGCGCGUCACUCCACUCGCCCCCUUUAUAAAUAACCGCUACACUUUCCCCCGUCAAAACCCUCACACACCAAAACACACAGUCAAAACCACAAUGGCAACCACCACCGACAGAUCUGAAACCACCACCGCUAACGGCGGCACCGCCGUAUCUCCACCUAAAUCAAAAGUAGCUCUAAUCACCGGAAUCACCGGUCAAGACGGUUCAUACCUCACUGAACUCCUGUUAAACAAAGGCUACGAAGUUCACGGUCUGAUCCGACGGUCCUCAAACUUCAACACGCAACGGAUCAACCACAUCUACAUCGAUCCACACAACGCUCACAAGGCGCGUAUGAAGCUCCACUACGCUGAUCUAACCGACGCCUCUUCUCUCCGCCGUUGGAUCGAUACGAUCUCGCCUGACGAGAUCUAUAAUCUAGCGGCGCAAUCGCACGUCGCCGUUUCGUUUGAGAUUCCGGAUUAUACUGCUGAUGUCGUGGCUACUGGUGCGUUGCGGUUGUUAGAAGCGUUACGAUCGCAUAUUACUGCUACUGGAAGAACUCAUGUGAAGUAUUAUCAGGCAGGUUCGUCGGAGAUGUUUGGAUCUACUCCGCCACCGCAAGCGGAGGAUACUCCGUUUCAUCCGAGAUCGCCUUAUGCUGCUUCCAAAUGCGCUGCUCAUUGGUAUACAGUCAACUACAGGGAAGCAUACGGCAUCUUUGCCUGCAAUGGCAUACUCUUCAACCAUGAAUCACCUCGAAGAGGUGAAAACUUUGUGACCAGGAAGAUCACGCGGGCAGUAGGCCGGAUCAAGAUCGGGCUGCAGAGCAAGCUGUUUUUAGGGAAUUUGCAGGCUUCAAGAGACUGGGGAUUUGCAGGGGACUACGUGGAGGCAAUGUGGUUGAUGCUACAGCAAGACAAGCCAGACGACUACGUGGUGGCAACUGAGGAAUCACACACAGUUGAGGAGUUUCUUGAAAAGGCGUUUGGGUACGUGGGUUUGAACUGGAAAGACCAUGUUGAAAUCGAUAAGAAGUAUUUUAGGCCUGCAGAAGUUGAUAAUUUGAAAGGCGAUUCAAGCAAGGCCAGAAAAGUUCUUGGAUGGAAACCUAAAGUUGGAUUCGAGCAGUUGGUGAAGAUGAUGGUUGAUGAAGACAUCGAGUUGGCUAAAAGAGAAAAGGUUCUUGUUGAUGCAGGAUACAUGGAUGCUCAACAACAGCCUUGAUCCCAAUCUCGAUCAUCUGGUACGAAAUACGCUACCUAUACCCACGUAUUUAAGUGUUUUCUUGAAAAUUAUUGCAUUAGUUAUUCAAAUCUAGUUGUUUCCAAUUUAAAGUCGGGUUGAUGUUCAGUGAGCACAAUCUUUGUUUAGUGUUAAAAAAACCCCAGAGAUUUAUUGAGGUUUGUAGAGAGGGAAGUUCAUUACUUUAGGGGUUGUCGUAUAAUCUUUUUAUCCUGCAAAAUGUUACACAAUGUACUUUCUGGGCUUUUCAUCAUAAUGCUGAGUAAAUUAUUUUUGUUUUGUUUUCAUAA